AUGAAGGCUGUAGCUCUCUUCAUUUGUCUUGUAGGAUCAGCUUUUGCUAUUCCAACCCAUCCUUCAAACUACAAACUCGGAACCCAGGGACAGAAAACUCCAGAAAAGACUGAAGAUAUUCAUCUUGAAGCCCCAAAGGAAGAGAACACAGGGUAUGUAGACAAUGGUGAUUUCCUGCCCAGUCACAAAAACUUAAACCUAGAGGUAUCAGUACCAGAUGCUGAGCACACGGAUGAGCCCCGGACGACUAGAAAACAAGGAAGAACUGGUAGUGAACAUCAAGUGAAAAACAGCCUAAAAAGCAUCAAUUUCCUUGCACUGCACAAUAAACCGGGUUUGGCUUCUGAUAACCAGGACAGUGACUCUGGAAGCAGUGGCAGAGAACAGUCCAGCUCUGAGCAUUACCCGUUCAGGAGACAUGAGAAACACAGUAAUACGGCCAAUCGACAUGCUCUGGGUAAUGCAGAAAAUCCAGUGGGUGCUCUCAGUCUUGAUCAUGAACAUAACAUGUGGAAAUAUAAUAAAAAUACAGUUGGCCUAUCAGAAAAAAAUAGUGAAAGUGAUGAAGAAGGUGUGGAAGAGGAUGAGGAAUGGGGUGAAGAAACUGAUUCCAGAAAUAUGAAGCACAAUAUCCACCAGCCAAAUCAAGGUAACCAAUACAAAAGACCGCAAAAUGAAAACAGUAUGCAAUCUGAUGAAAUCCUGAAAGAUUCCAGUCAACCAAUCCGAAUAACCAAGAGACAUGGUGAGAAAUUUGACCUGGAAGAGAGGAAGAACAGCCAGAAGCAGCCCUAUAAAGAAGAAAUCCCCCUCUCUCAAAAAACCCAUAAUGAAAAUCAAGAUGACAAACGGCAAAGCCAACAGAGGAAAGACAAUAUUCAAGUAAACUAUCAGAGUGAUCACGACACAGUGGUGGAAAGACAAGGUACAGAGGACAGCAAUGAUGAUCAUGAUGAUGGUCAUGACAGUGGUGAUGUUGAUGGCGAGGAAGAUCUCAGCAAUACAUGGAAAGAGGCAGCCUAUGAGGAAGAGGAGAGAAUCCAGAGUAAUGACCAGGAGAGCACCAGUACUGAGCAUGAAGGGGAAGGAGCCACCGAAGAUGACACUGCAGUUCAUAGAGACACCAAGGAUUACCAAGAUGUCAACAUUAAAGACUUUAUUCACUCUGAACAAAAUUAUUAUGAGCCACCUAAUUCUGACAGCAAGCAAAAACUGGAAACAAGCAGCUCUGUUCAGAGCAUGAAUUCAAUGGAAAGUGAAGAUAAGGUUAAGACUACAGGCAGCUCCUAUGGUGAAACGGAAAGUGCAAACAACAGGAGUGAGAAGGCUUUCCUGGACCCAUGUAGGAACUUCCACUGCAAAAGAGGUAAAGUCUGCCAUGCGGACAAGCAAGGGAAACCCAGGUGUAUUUGCCAAGAUCCUGCUGCUUGCCCCUCCACCAAAGACUAUGAGCAUGUUUGUGGUACGGAUAAUAAGACUUAUGAUGGCACAUGUCAACUCUUUGGCACCAAAUGUCAGCUUGAAGGGACAAAAAUAGGACGCCAGCUGCACAUAGACUAUAUGGGCUCCUGCAAAUACAUCCCCCACUGUACUGAUUAUGAAGUGGAUCAGUUCCCCCUCCGGAUGCGAGACUGGCUCAAAAACAUCCUUAUGCAAUAUUAUGAACGUGAUCUGGAUGGUUCUGGAUUUCUAACCGAAAAGCAAAGGAGUAAGGUCAAAAAAAUCUACCAGAAUGACAAGCGCCUUGUGGCUGGUGACCAUGCAGUUGAGUUGCUCCUGCAUGACUUUGAGAAAAAUUAUCACAUGUAUGUGUAUCCGGUGCACUGGCAGUUUCAUCAGCUUGAUCAGCACCCUGUUGACAGAUUAUUAACACACUCGGAGCUCGUGCCUUUGAGAGCCUCCCUUGUUCCCAUGGAACACUGCAUAACCCGUUUCUUCCAAGAGUGUGAUGGAGACCAAGACAAACUCAUUGCUUUGAAGGAAUGGUGCCACUGCUUUGGGAUUAAGGAAGAAGACAUAAAUGAAAAUCUCCUGUUCUGA